CGAUUCCCUGAAGUGAAAGAGCGUCAUCCGGGAGAAGGCCGUCGCAGAUGGAGACUUCGAGUGGCACAACAGUUCUGGCAGCAAUGCCCAUACACUGCACCGAUCAUACCACUGCCAGACGUGUCGUCGAUGAAUGGAGAUCACGUUGAUGACAGUGACCCUCUGGAUUGCAUCUCCACCGAGCGACCUGAACUUGGUCUCAUCGUACGAACGGAUUUUGCUAACGAGGAUGCUUGGGCAUCAUUCUGCAGUCGUCUUGAAGAAGGGGAAAGAGAAUUCGUGGAGUGCGCUACUGGAGGCCAGGCCGCGAACGAUAAUCUGCAACCUAUGGAUCAGACUCCAGACCACACGGAAGAUCACACCGACGAAAGCGACGAUGACGACGAGAGCCCUCCCAAGAUAUUUUAUCUCAUUAACCCACCUGGCGCAGAACAACGUGCUUCACUAUUGAACAUAUCAAAUCUUAUUGCGCUGCGCCUCCUGAACGAUGUCGAUGUCAGACCUGCUCCGAGUCCUCCACAAGGAACGAAGCGCAUCAGAGUACAAAAUAGGCUCGUAGAUUUCAACGGAUGGCAGGAGAUCUACGUUGGUAAACAAGUUUGGAUCUACGACUCCAAGUCGAAUCUCGACCAGUGUGCCCGUCUUGUCAGCCAGAGCGGGGACAUGUACGGAACAGCCACAGGAGACAGCUGGCGUGCAAGAGUCUCUCACAUCUGCGAACUACAGGUCCAUAUCUAUUCCGGUGCGAUAAAAAUUGAUUUCGGGGGUUUGGAUCGGUGGGAUGGCUUUGAGCGUCAACGUAACAUGGCAGAAGCAGAACAAACUCAACACAUAUAA